AUCCUCACCGUGUGGUUCACACCGUCCGUCCGGUGUCACCUUGUCUCGUCGUCCUAUAAAUUCAUCAGUUUCUAAUUUACUGACACACGUGCUCUCAUCGAAAAGCGAUAAGGCAUUUAUACCUUUCCCUGUUUCGAUCCCCUCGAGUAGGACUUGUGGCGUGACCACGUGGUCCUCUAUUCGAAUUAGACGACUAUCCGCCGUAUUAGCAUACAAUAUGGGAAAGGGAAAGAAGCGGUUUAAGAAGAAUAAGGGCAAGGCCUGGGACAAUCGUGAGACGAAUGAAAAAGGAGUAACAAAACAUUACCCAGACAUUAUCAGAGAGAAUGCCAAUUUUGAGAAAUACUAUCGAAUGCAAAAUAUUUGUCCAGAUGAGGAAUUUGAUCAGAUGAUGGCUAUGUGUAGGCAAAGUCUUCCAGCAUCUUUUCGAAUUACUGGGUCUCGCUCGGAAGCUAAGGCAAUGCUCCAUAUCGUUGAAAACUGUCUAAUCAAAGAUAUUAUCGAAGUUGGCAAAAGUGAAGAUCAACAAGUGGAAAUCAAGCCAUUUGCACUACCCUGGUACCCUGGAAAAACUGCUUGGCAAAUUAACCUAACGAGGAAUGAUAUCCGAAGAAACGAGGCAUAUGCUCGAUUUCACAAUUUUUUAGUAUGGGAAACUGAAAGCGGGAAUACUAGCCGACAAGAAGCGGUCAGUAUGAUCCCUCCGUUAGCUUUAAAAGUAGAACCUCAUCACAAAGUACUAGAUAUGUGUGCCAGCCCAGGAAGUAAAACUGCACAAAUAAUUGAAAUGCUACACGCUGAAGAUUCCAAACCACCCGAAGGCUACGUUAUCGCAAACGACAUGGAUAAUAAAAGAUGUUACAUGUUGGUCCAUCAAGGAAAACGUCUACAAAGUCCGGCAUUUGUUGUGACCAAUCAUGAUGCAUCCCAAUUUCCAGAACUUUUUUAUACGGGAGCAGAUGGCGAAAAAACGCCCUUGAAAUUUGACCGCGUUCUCUGUGACGUUCCAUGUUCUGGUGAUGGCACAAUAAGAAAAAACAUUGACAUUUGGAAAAAAUGGAAUUGUGCAAACUCGUUAAGCCUUCAGCAAGUUCAAUAUCAAAUACUGAAACGUGGAAUGGAACUCUUGGCCACAAAUGGUCUUCUAGUUUACUCCACCUGUUCCUUAAAUCCGUUGGAAGACGAGGCCGUAGUGUGCAGAAUGCUGAAAGAAGCAAAGGGUUCAGUUGAAUUAAUGGACAUUGAUUUACCUCAUUUGAAAUACUUGAAAGGUCUGUCGCACUGGAAAGUAUGUGACAGAGACUUAAAUGUCUAUGAGAAACUCGAAGACGUUCCCCAAAAAUGGGCUACAACUAUUCACUCAGGUGCAUUUCCGCCUUCACCAGAAGAAGCCCCGUCCUUGCAUUUAGAUAAAUGCCUAAGGAUUCUUCCUCAUCAGCAGGACACUGGAGGAUUUUUUGUCGCAUUGCUACGCAAAACUGAAUCACUUCCUUGGGAAGCGUCUUUAACAAUGAAUUCAGAAAGCGGUUCCGAUCUUAAUAACGUGGACAAGUCGAGUUCAACAAGUUCUGAUCCCCCUCCUGCCAAAAAACCCAAAAGAAUGCAGGGCUAUAAAGAAGAUCCGUAUAUAUUUAUGAGUGAUGAUCAUGAAAUUUGGGAGGACAUUAAAAAAUUUUAUUCCUUGGACGAAUCCAUGAAAAGUGUGAAUUUUAUUCGAAGAACUGAAGGGGGAAAAAUUAAAAAUUUAUACUUGACCACAGACGGCGUGCGUAAUUUUGUUAUGAGCAAUGACAAAUCAGUGAAAAUUGUUAACGUUGGUGUGAAGGCAUUGGUUAGAAUAGACAACAAAUGGAGUAAGUGUAAUUUUCGCUUGUCCCAAGAGGGGUUGCCGUCCUUGUGUUCAUCAAUCAAAGGGAGACGACUACACAUUACGAAGAAAGACUUGAUGGUUAUGUUGGAACAAACUGAAGAGGACAAGGCCCCAUUACUUGAACAAUUUACAGAGAAAACCCAAGAAGCAAUUAAGGAUAUGGAAGGAGGAAGUCUUGUUUUGAUUUGCGAUUUUCCCAUUGAGGGUAAUGGACCUCGAUGUUACUUGGAGUUGGUAGGAUGGAAGGGUGCAGUAUCCCUGAGGGUGUAUGUUCAGAAAAGUGACCGAACACAUUACUUGAGACUCUGUGGAAUGCCUAUACCGAAAUAUGGUGUAGAAAAGAGUAGCAGGCAAACACCGAUAAAUGGCAAGGAGGAGGCAAAUGGGGUUACUGAGAACAAUGGAAAUCCUAAGGACGUGAAGAUAGACCCCGUGGCUGGUGUGGGAACUGACGUUAUAUUAGAUUAAUUUUUUUUGAUAUAUUAGAUUAAGACCAACGGAAAUGUGACAAAUGAUAAUUUCAGUUAGUAAAAAAAUGUUGUUUUAUUCAAUCAAACUUAGGAAAAAUCACUUCACUCCUAUAUAAAGUACAGUGUUAUAAAGGGCUUGAUCAAUUUUGAUACUACUUAGAUCGAUGCAUAUUAAAAAUAGAAAACUUUUCGACAUGAAUUGCAAAAGUAUAUUUCGAUUCUAAUAAAUAAAUAAUUUCUACUCUAAA